GAAUGAUGAGUGGGAUAAAAAAGAAGAUAAAUCUUGAAGCCCUAAUUAAAUUGGUAGCAGCAGUGGCUCCUUUUUCCAGUUCACACCCACUGCACAUAUGGACCUUGUCCUUAUAAAAUGAGAUUAGACACUAGCUGCGUCAUAUUUGUGAAAGCUGUCAUGCUUCCCUGAAAAAAAGCUCAUUGCAAGGAACCAAAACGUGGGGUCUUUAACGACUGGAAGUGGGUACUUCUUCAUCCAUCAGAAUGUUGGAAAUAUCCUCUUUUCCAUGUGUCAAGUUGCACUACAGGAAUGGUGAACUUGUAUGCAAAAAUGACUUCCAAAAUUAACCCCAAAGGAGGAAGAAUGAUGUAAAACUGAGGAUGCGUCAGGCUGUGAGCAUUUUGUCAACAAUUGUGGAUAAAUCCCUGCCCCUAUAACAUUUUUGAAAAAAAUCUAACAACAUUGAGGAAGCUCUUUACAUUUCAUAAAAGGAAGAGACUAAUGAAGUAGAAGUCAACUGAAUCUCUUGUGUAAUACUGAAACACGAUGACAUUGGUGCCUGUGGGAUAUGGAAAUCAUGACAGCAACUAACAUGGUUGAGAAAGAUAUGAGUGGACAAUGUGGCCCAGUUUCUGUAGACUACAGGUUUUCUGCAUGAGCCUAGCAGUGCUGGCUGUUCUGGUGUUGGUACACAACUUCCAUCAGUUUGAGCACUUGGAUCACAACACGGUCUCGGGGUUAAAUUGGAUAACAGAGACCAGUGACCAGCAGUCUUCAUCGCCAACAACUAAAACUACCCGAAGGCACUACUGUGAUUAUGAACAUCAAACUUUGUCCAAAAGAGAACAAGCUGAGGAGGAAUCCUUAUUUGCUGCUAUACAGUGGCCAAACCCCCCUUUAGGUAAAAUCCCAUUUAUAAGAAGCACUGAUCCUGCCCACAGCAGUUUUGUGAUUUUGAAUUCCCAUGUGCGUUUCAAGGUGGGAGAUCAGUUAGAGGUGCUUGUCCACAUGAAGGAUUUUCAAGGCAAACCAAAACAGUAUGGUGGAGACUACAUACAGGCAAGAAUUCACUCUCCGCUACUGAAAGCUGGAGCAACGGGAAGGGUUGUAGAUGAUCAGAAUGGGUUUUACAAAGUCUUUUUCACUCUACUUUGGCCAGGGGAUGUCAGAGUCUCUGUGUCUCUGGUCCACCCCAGUGAAGGGAUACAAGUCCUGCAGCGCUUACGGGAAGAAAGGCCAGACAGAGUCUUCUUUAAAAGCUUAUUCAGGUCUGGUAGUACUUCAGAAACCACUGUAUGCAAUGUGUGUUUGCCUGGAGAGCUUCCUGUCUGUAACUUCACAGACCUCUUCACUGGUGAGCCAUGGUUCUGCUACAAGCCAAGAAAACUGUCCUGUGCCAGCAGAAUCAACCAUGCCAAGGGAGGAUAUCAGAAGGGCCUUCUGACACCUUCUGAGAGUCUCUUUUUCCAAACUGAUGUGAAUAUCAAAGUGCCAGUACUUCCCAGUGGCCCUGAUUCAGUGACUGUGGAACCCUUAGGAUUUACAGAAUCAGCAAAUCUGGACAGAUCUCAAGGCCCAGAUAUUUUCCCUUUGGGUUACUAUUACCAAGACGAGUGGAGGCCAAGAACACGUUGGAUCCGUCAUUUUAACAAGACAGCUGAUAUAAGCAAAUGCUUACAAGGAAAAGUAGUCCACUUGUUUGGAGAUUCUACAAUAAGACAGUGGUUUGAAUAUCUGACCACAUUUGUUCCAGAUCUAGUGGAAUUUAACCUUGGGAGUCCUAAAAACGUAGGUCCCUUCCUGUCCGUGGACCUGAAGCACAAUGUCCUGCUGAAGUUCCGCUGUCAUGGGCCACCCAUUCGCUUUACCACUGUCUUCAGUAGCGAGCUACGCUAUAUUGCCAAUGAGCUGAAUGGCAUUGUAGGCGGAAGAAACACCGUGAUAGCCAUCACCGUAUGGUCCCACUUCAGCACCUUCCCUGUGGAGGUGUACAUCCGGAGACUGAGGAACAUUCGCAGGUCCAUAAUUCAGCUGCUCGAUCGCAGCCCCAAAACUCUAGUGGUCAUCAGAACAGCCAAUGUUCAGGAGCUUGGCCCAGAAGUGAGUCUCUUCAACAGUGACUGGUAUUCCUUUCAGCUUGACACAGUCAUGAGGAAGAUGUUCUCAGGGAUUGCUGUGUUCUUUGUGGAUGCCUGGGAGAUGUCUCUGGCCCAUUACUUGCCACACAACUUGCACCCACAGGACAUCAUUGUUAAGAAUCAGAUAGACGCAUUCCUGUCUUUCGUUUGUCCUUCAGAAACGUAGCACAAUUGGUGGAGAGGAGCCCCGUGAGAGAGAGAGAGAGAUAGAUAGUGUUUUGCUGCAGCAUAACCAAGUCAUUCUCUAUCAGAGCUAUAAAAUGUAGCUACAUGCAAACUGUAUGGUUCCUGUUCCCAUAUGUGAUCUCAGUUGCUUGGCCAUGAAGACAGAUGACUGUGAGGAGGAAUGGACUAAUUCUGACCACUUUUAUAUCUUCCUGUAGGGAUGGUUCCUCUUAACCUUGUAAUUUGUCUCAGAUUACUAGGGUGCUCCUUAAAUCAAAACUACAAGACUCACUACAGAAGUACUUAAAUUAUUAGCUUUAUUAAUUGUCUGUCUGCACUGCAUGAUUAUUCAUACAGUACUGAUUCAGUUCCCAAAGUCCUUUCUUACUAUCCAGAGUACAGUGUGAAACCUGGGAAGGAUUGUUUGGGAACAGCGUUUUCUUUGGUUGUUCCAAGGUUGUAUUGGGUAUUUGGAACAACCAAAGAUGUUUCAUAUUGUGCUUCUUUGAUUGAAGUAAUCUGGGGAUACCUCUUCCAAAGUCCUAAUCAGGAAUCUAAAGGGGAUGUCCUAAAACCACUAGAUCAGUCCAGAAAGCACAACCUAAAAAGCCUGCAGAAUUAUCAGAAUAUUUAUUGGAUGUGUCGGCACUGAUGUUAAUCAACCAGCAUGUUAAUCAAUCAUCCACAAUGUUUACAGAAUGGCUUCUAAAUAAUACAAAUAGCCAGCACCAGUUGUAGGUAGUUUCUUCUUCAGCAGCAACAACAAAUUUGCAAUAACUCAUUGGAAUGUUUCCUUACAUUUACAGUUCAUAGAUCAUAGAAUCAUAGAAUAUCAGGGUUGGAAGGGACCUCAGGAGGUCAUCUAGUCCAACCCCCUGCUCAAAGCAGGACCAAUCCCCAAUUUUUGCCCCAGAUUCCUAAAUGGCCCCCUCAAGGAUUGAACUCACAACCCUGAGUUUAGCAGGCCAAUGCUCAAACCAGUGAGCUAAAUGUUUUCUCCUCCUGUCAUGUGCUCACUCUGUUUUAGUACUUCACUGCUGCUUAUGGGACCCGGCUUCUGUUUAUAUUAAGGAAUAUAUUUGUUUUGAGGGGUAGGAACACACACAAUUACAUGGACUUCACAAACGGCUAAGGUGGGGGAGAGAGUCAAAUUUUGAUCCUACAGCUCUUGACAGCGUCACUAUAAAUUCUUGCUCUGACUGAUCUUUGUUCUUCCACUUUUAUGUUGGGCAUUCUUUGCACCAUUUUCAUAUCUGCCAGCUAUAUGGGGUACAAAAUACCUUCAGUGUUGCCCUGUGUAUUUGGUAAAUCCCACCUGAAUUUCCAAUGUUAAGCUGAAAAUUUAUUGCUGAGUGGCCCUUUUAGAGAAAGGGUUAAUAGAUUUGCACAUUGCACUUUCUGUUUUGACUGGAUCUGGUUACAGUGUAAGUCACACUUUGAUUUAUUGGCUUGAUGAAGUUCAAUUCCCAGAUUGAACACUAACAAUGAGAUCUUCAGAAGGCUGCUCCCAUUGAAACCAAUGGAAAUUCUACCAUUGACUUCAGUGGGAACAGAGCAUUGCCAUCUUUCUCUCUUUGUAGCCCUUCUGUUUCUCUGCCACAGUCUUGCUCCCCUGUCGCUGUGCAACAGGUGUGAGCAGAGUCCUAAGUUUUUUCCCCCCAAUUUUAAAAGUUCUAGCCUUCCCAUUGGCUCUUUUGGUCAGGUGCCCACUCCCUUUCCUUUACCUGGGGGACUUUUUAACCUUUUACAAGUUAAGCAAGUAGAGAACAGCUACCAAGAGGAAUUUUACAGCCAAGUGGCUGACUGGGUGUCCAUCAAAGGGAGCUACCGCCCCCCCCGCCCCUCCCCCACACUUCAUUUAUCACAAAUGUAUACAUGUGUACCAUAACCAUUGAAUUGUCAGAUAACUGACCUACGCCAUGGCAGCUUAACUUGAGCCUUUGUUGGUGUGGUUAUUUCUCUUGUAUCAGACAUAAGUAUGUGCAAACCAGCAAAGAGGAGCAUCUGCCCCUUUGCAAGAUAUUGUGGUGACACAGAUAGUUUUGGUUUGGGAGCAACAGUAAUUGAAAAACUAAAUCCCUUUAUGGGUCCAGUAUGCAAUUGUUCCUAUUUUAGCAGUUUCAAAAGGGGGUGAAAGACUGCUACAAGGGGUAUUUUUGCUUUUUAAAAAUCUAAUUGAAAUUGGUUUCAAUCACAUUUAUGACCAACUUCUUUUAAGUCAUGAAUUUUAAAAUAAGAAAGUUGCCAGUUUACUCAAGUUAAGGACCAAUAUUUCAUUACUUUGGGAAUGGGGAUUGACAGGAAAGGAAAAAUAAACUGGAGUUUCCAGUGUUCAACAUUUUUAACAGUGGUCACAUUAUACUUCUAAAUCAGUAAAAUUUAAUUGCAAUGCUGUUUUCAUCUC